CUUCAACAUUGUUGCUAUUAUAGGAGCAUGCAUACAUGAACAAUUAUCCAGAAUGAAACUCAUAGUCACCGGGGCUACCGGAUUCGUCGGUUCGGAAGUUGUUCGGCAAGCGCUGCGCAAUCCUGCUGUCAGUUUUGUCAUUGCCAUCGCUCGUCGGGUUGUGCAACCCCCACCAAACGAGGAUGCGUCCAAGUUCCAAUCAUUUGCCUUGGACGACUGGACAGGACCCUAUCCUAAAUAUUUGAUGGACGGCAUAAAGGGAGCUGAUGCAUGCAUAUGGAGCCUUGCAGUCACCCCGACCAAGUCCAGGUCGAUGGACUUUGCGGACGUAACCACCAUAUGUCAUGAUUAUACCGUCAAUGGUAUGCAAAUUAUGGCCGCUGUGGCAAACAAACCAUUCCGGUUUGUCUAUGUUUCUGGUGUAUUGAUCGAACGCGACCAAAGCAAAGUCCUACCCCAUAUGGGAGAAUACCGUCUGAUGCGAGGACGUACCGAGAACUUUCUUGUUGACUUUGCUCACAAAAACGCACCAGAUGUGCAAGUAACUGUGACCAAACCUGGAGCCAUCGAUGCUCCAAGUAUAAGAGAGACGUCCGACGCCAUGGUCAAGGCCCUUUUCAAUAUGUUUGGCCAUACACCGCGUGUUCAUGUAUCUGAACUUGCUGCCGCAAUGAUCGACCAAUGUCAAAAUGGAAUAACGAAUGAUCCCCUGUGGAGUAGCAAACUGGCCGAAAUUGGAAAGAAAGUGCUGAAAGCGGAGGAUUACGUCUAAUUACAUAUUAUUGCCCUUGACAUAAUGGUUUUGUAUACCAAUAUAGGCCAGCGGGUGGAGGUACGUAACAUCUAACAGUGCUCAUCGAGUGGACAUCUGGAAUCAACUAAAAGGUAUAUCGAUUAAUCUGCGAGACACGAUCCAAUGUUUAACGUACUAUCAACUUAUUUUCAAACAUGGUGUGGCUUUAUUUGAGUAGACCACCUUGUCAACUAG